AUGGCGAUCAUUCGCAGGGAAGGCGCGAACGGCAGGCGGCGGUCGAAAGCGAAAAAGAAAAAGGAAAAGAGAGGCGUGUCUUUCGCUGUGCAUCGGAGAGAAGGCGAUCCGAGAGACCCAGACAAACAUUUUAUAAAAUCUCAGAAUCUUGGCAGGAACCCCCAAGAAAGUAGCGACGGGGAAGGACAGAACGCGCUUGCCGGCUCGUCGUCAGACUCCCUCCCUUCUGCUGUCUCCUCUAAUGCAUCUUCUUUCCGAGCUUCACCUGACGUCUCUUCUUCCUCUACUUCAUCUAAUCGGCUAGACGCUCAGCAUCCCCUAUGUCCUGUGGGGAGCGAGAGGGAGAGUCAGGCGGGAGUUGCACAUGAAGAGACACUCGGCGCAGAUGGCUACUUUGUCGAGGAAGAUUUAGAGAAGGCCCAGAAGCAACUGGUGACAAACAACAAGAUCCGGGGGCUCUUGCAGUCCUUCAGAUCCUCCACAACUCGCCAACGAAAGGGCGUCUCCUCUUCCUCCUCUCCGUGCUUCUUUGACGAUUACCCUCACUCGGAGGACGAGGCGAGCGAAGGCGCCUCCCAGCUUGGCGCCUCCCAGCUUGGCGCCUCUUCUCCAGCUGUCUCUUCUUCUCGCCCCUCUGGCGAGUCGCCUGCUCAGCAGAUGUCGCAAGCUCGGCGCGGGAAGAGAGGCAGGGAAGAAGACGAGGAUGCGAGGCUGCAGACGCGACAGAUGAACGGCGUGAGAGAGGGAACCGCGUCUCUUGAGAGUGGCGACGACAUGCAGGACGAAGCAGCUGCUGGAGGGCGCGAGAGAGGACCCGAGAAAAAAGGCGACCCGUGGCGAGAGAGCGAACGGGGGGGAAGAACAAACACUCCGCCGUGGCUUCGAGCGGAUCGCUCGCGCGGAGAGCUCGAUUUCUUUCAUCGCCUCCACGAAGAAUGCGUCGACUUUAUUCACUGGAUCGACGCGACCGAGGAAGAGCAGCAAAAGCGGGCAAAGGUUCUCGCGCGCGUCACAGCUGUGGCCCGUCUCUUGUGGGACAACUGUUUCGUCUGCCCAUUUGGCAGCUCCUACACCAACCUCGCUCUUCCUCACGCAGACCUGGACAUCUGCAUCUUCAUCCACUCUGCCCCGCCUCUCCUUGAAGAAUUCCACGAACUCGCCGCAGCGGACACCUCCCAGGAAAGCGCAAAUUCGUCGUCCCCGUCGGUGGCCUCCUACGGCUGCUUCGGAGGGCUGGCGGAGAAGGUGAUGGCCGAGGCGUCCCGGUGUACAGACACACUCGGCUACGGAUCCUCCAUGAGGAGAAAAAAAGAAGAGGCAGCUCGCCACCUCAGACGCCUCGCGGCCGUCCUCUCUGCCUGCAAAAUCUCGCUUCCCAGCAACCCUUCGCCAUCUGCCUCUUCGGGCUCUGCUGCGACCCGGAGACAGCCUGCGCGCUGUCGCGACUUUCCGCUGAUUCGAGACAUGCAGUUGAUUCUCGAAGCGAGAGUCCCAAUCUGCCGAUUUGUCGACACUGAGACAGGCCUGCCUGUGGACAUUAGUCUAGAUCAGCCGUCAGCUGUCUUGACGUCUCUCUACAUUCGUCUCCAGCUGCUUCGCUUUCCUCUGUUACGACCCCUCAUGCUCCUCAACAAAACGGCCUUGAAACUCUGGCACCUGAACGAGCCUUUCAAGGGAGGCGUCGGGUCGUAUUUGCUCUUUGUCAUGACUCUAAGCUUUCUUCAACUCAACCCGCGUCUCUAUGACCGGAAGAUGAAUCAGCGGUAUUCACUCGGUCAUGCUCUCUUCGAAUUCCUGCACCACUACGGUGUUGACUUCCACUAUCCAACUGUCGGCCUGAGCGUGCGAGACAAAGGCCGCUUAUUCCCCAAAGAGCGCAGACGGUGGCACUACGGCCAGGAGCGGGACUGGGGCGAAGGAGGAAAGCGGUUUGCGCACUCCACCGAAUUCGAUCGCUUCCUCUUGGCCGCUGAAUCCCCGCUGGAGUCCACGAGAGACAUCGGACGAGGGGCGUAUCAAAUGCCGCAAGUCAGAAGUGCUUGGAGAUCAGCCUACGCGCGAAUGGUGUCUCGGCUGCGCGAGGAAACGUCCCCAUCCGCACAGUCUCUUUUGACGCCUGGAGACUCUCUGCUGAGUGCCCUCAUCUCGCCGGCGGUCUUCGGGGACCGCGCUGCGCGUCCUGCGUCCGACGCGAACUUUGUUUCUUCGGGCCCAUCUGCCGUUGCCCAGCGAGAAGAAGCGGAAGGCGAGUCGGACGACGAGGCGUCGUUUGACUGCGGAGUUCGGCGCGAACCCGCAGGCGCAGACACGUGCUCGGCCGGUCCGCCGUCGGCCUUCAGGAGCGUCUGCGGUCUUCGCGCGGUGAAAACGCAGCCGUCGCGUGCCGAGCUGGAGACGGAGAGAAGGCGGCUCGAGGCGACGCUUCUUUCUUCGGGGAAGACGCGCGCGGCGAGCGGGCCUGUGGUUGGCGAACGAAACAAGCGGGGUCUGAAACUGCUGAAGAAGAAGAUGCAGCAGUUGGAGAAGGAGCAGAGGCGGCUGGUGCGAGCGAGGCGAGACGGCAGCUUCGGACGUCCCAGACAAAACACGCAGUUCUUCUUCGAAGCCGAUAGCGACGCAGAGCGAGACGGCUCGAGCGAAGAUCUAGAGUCGGAGACUGACCCCGCGAGAGACGCCGCGUCUCCGCGGGCCAAAGCGCCCAAUCACGAGGAAGGGAAUCUCCCCGGCACAAAACUUCGCGCUCCAGCGCUUGUCAGUCUCUUGAGUUCGUCCUCCUCAGAGAGCGACGCCUCGGAACUGGCUGCAGGAAACGCUCCCCGAGGUGACCACGCUGGUCUCCGGCGCGCGAGGGCGCCGUCGGCGUCUUCCGGUGAAGAGUCGUCGGAGACUGUUUCACCAUGGAAACGGGGGAAAGGCGCGCACGCAACUUCCACGGGUCUGCGUGGGGCGUCGUCUCACUCGGCUGGGUCUUCUAUCUCGUCGCGGAGUUCUGCACUUCCAAGUGAAGACUCCGAUGCAGCGGAAGUGUCGAGUUCGUCAGGUGCGAAGCCCAAGCGUGGCGAGCCUUUACGUUUCGGUUCUCGGUCCUCUCUCUCAGCGAGGAAGGACGGGCGAGCUACGGCUCCUGCGUGCGGUCGUUCUCCGGGGAACGGUGAAGCCGCCGAACCGAUCGUCCUUUCUUCGUCCUCAUCACCGACAGACAGCGAGGCAGAGGAGCGCAGAGGAAGCUCGAAUUCAGGUCGAAAGCACUCUUCAGGUUCACAGAGACACGCGAGCUCCAGCGCGAGGCGGGGCGUGAAGUCAGGCCAAGCGGGCGGCGGGGAGGCGACUGAGAGCGGGCCCGAGAGUCCGUCAGGAGACACCGAGGGGUGUGGAGGCCGAAGGCGAGGCGAGGAAACUGACGCGAAGGAGUCGAGCGCUCUACGGGCGUUCAGGGCGCGGACGAGCCUCGCAGUCGUUCAGUUUCAGUCCUUUGAUUUAGGCAGCAGAGAGGCAGAAGAAACUGCGGGUAGCGCCCUCACACACUUGGCACAACGAACGGCCUGCGGCGGGGGAUGGGAAGGAGAAACGCCAGAAUCAGAUUAG